UCCAGCCGUCGUGGGGUUCAGUUCAGAACCUCUCUCGUUCAGGGGAAGAAGAAGCAGGAGCACGAGCCGAGCGACACGGCCAUGGCGGGGAAGGCGGAGCUCGCCGCGGACCAGCACGUCCGCUACAUCGUCACCGUGGAGAAGAAGAAGGAUUCGUUUGAGUCGCUGGUGAUGGAGCACAUCCGCCUCAACGGCGCCUACUGGGGCCUCACCACGCUGGACCUCCUCCACAAGCUCCACGCCGUCGACGCCGCCGAGGUCGUCGACUGGAUCAUGUCCUGCUACCACCCCGAAUCUGGUGGAUUUGGAGGGAACGUCGGGCACGAUCCGCAUGUCCUCUACACGCUCAGCGCCGUGCAGGUCCUCUGCCUCUUCGAUCGGCUCGAUGUCCUUGAUGUGGACAAGGUUGCUGACUAUGUCGCUGGACUGCAAAAUGAGGAUGGAUCAUUUUCUGGUGAUAUCUGGGGUGAAGUGGACACUAGGUUCUCGUAUAUUGCCCUAUGUACCUUAUCAUUACUACACCGUCUGCAUAAAAUUGAUGUGCAAAAGGCUGUAGAUUUCGUUGUUAGCUGUAAGAACUUGGAUGGUGGAUUUGGAGCUAUGCCAGGAGGGGAGUCUCAUGCUGGGCAAAUAUUUUGUUGUGUCGGAGCUCUUGCAAUUACCGGAUCUCUGCAUCACAUUGAUAGAGAUCUUCUUGGAUGGUGGCUUUGUGAGCGCCAGUGUAAAGAUGGCGGACUUAAUGGGCGACCUGAGAAAUUAGCUGAUGUUUGUUACUCUUGGUGGGUGUUAUCAAGCUUGAUAAUGAUUGAUAGAGUGCAUUGGAUUGACAAGGAAAAGCUUACAAAAUUCAUACUAAACUGUCAGGACAAAGAGAAUGGUGGCAUUUCAGAUAGACCAGACAAUGCAGUAGAUAUCUAUCACACAUACUUUGGAGUUGCAGGGCUUUCAUUGAUGGAGUACCCUGGGGUGAAGCCUAUGGAUCCUGCCUAUGCGUUGCCAUUGGAUGUUGUCAAUCGGAUUUUCUUGAGAAAAUAGAACGUUACGUUGAUUUGCUUCACAGAUGUUGUGUUAUUUAACGUGGAUGCUUCUCUACCACUGUAGUUAGCAUUGGAAGCAAAGUAGCUGAGGUGUAGGAUCAGUUUUACAUGGAGUCAGGAACACAUGUUGGUAUAUCACAUCAACUUUUUUGAGCGUCAACAAUAUAUUUGGACUGAACUUGUACCAAUUACACAGCGGCAAACAUUGGUUCUUCUUGUCUGCCCCCUUCACCUUUCAGUUACGCUUAGUUAAAGCAUUUGCCACUUGCUCUGUUGAAUA